GCCAUGGACCAGCUCCGGAGAUCUCUCUUCUUUCUCCUUCUGAUUCUGGCACCUUUAAGCACUGUGGGUCAUCCUCUUCCAAUACAGGUACGUUCCCAUGAGCUCAUAAUUUCCAGCUUCUUUGUGCGCUCAACGAUUGUGUCCCGCUAUGCCUCCACACGAGUGCGGACUUCCAUGAGCAACCCACAUCCUGAGGCCAAAGAAGCCAUCUUUGACUUGGAUCUGCCCCAUUCUGCCUUCAUCUCCAACUUUACCAUAACCAUGAAUGAGAAGAUCUAUGUGGCUGAAGUGAAGGAAAAGCACCAAGCUAAGAAGAUGUAUGAGGAAGCCCGCAGGCAGGGAAGAACAGCAGCUCAUGUUGGCACCAAGGACCGAGAAAUAGAAAAAUUCAGAGUGUCCACCAGUGUGGAAGCAGGAGAAAAGGUGGCCUUUGAGCUGACCUAUGAGGAAUUGCUUCAGCGACAUUUGGGGAAGUAUCAGCAUGCUAUCAGCAUCCGUCCCCAGCAGGUGGUGAGGAACCUCACAGUGGAAGUGAGCAUCUCUGAGAGAACUGGCAUUGACCAUGUCCAAGUCUUGCCCCUCCGCACAAGUCGACUGAUGACCAAUACUCUUCAAGGUGAAGCUGAUAUGCCACCCUCAACUCGAGUGGAGAAAGGACGGCACUGUGCUUGGAUUGUCUUCACCCCAACCCCCCAAGAACAGGAAGCCUUCUCCAGCUCAGGAAUCAUCGGUGAUUUUGUGGUGCAGUAUGACGUGGCCAUGCCGGAUGUUGCAGGAGACGUACAGAUCUACAAUGGCUACUUUAUUCACUACUUUGCCCCAAGGGGGAUGCCCCUGGUGCAGAAGGAUGUGGUCUUUGUUAUUGACAUCAGUGGCUCCAUGUAUGGCACCAAGCUGAAACAGAUCAAGAAAGCUAUGCACGUCAUACUAAGUGAUCUUCACCAAGACGACCAUUUCAACAUUGUUACUUUUUCUGACACAGUGAAUGUGUGGAAGCCAAGUCAAUCCAUCCAAGCCACUUCCCAAAAUAUCCGGAGGGCCAAAGAUUAUGUCAGCAAAAUGGAAGCAGAUGGAUGGACUGACAUCAACGCGGCAUUGCUUGCAGCUGCCUCCAUCUUCAAUCGGAGUUCUUUAGUGGAUGGAAAGGUGGAGAAGGAGCCAAGAAUCCCACUGAUCAUCUUCCUGACCGAUGGUGAACCCACUUCAGGAGUAACAGCUGGCAGUCGCAUUCUGACCAAUGCUCAGCAGGCUCUUAAGGGCACCAUCUCACUCUUUGGUCUGGCCUUUGGAGAUGAUGCUGAUUAUGGACUGCUGAGACGACUCUCGCUAGAGAACCGUGGGGUGGCCCGGCGUAUCUACGAGGAUGCUGAUGCUACUUUGCAGCUCAAGGGUUUCUAUGAUGAAAUUGCCAGCCCUCUGCUGUACGAUGUGGAGCUGUCCUAUCUUGACGGGGUUGCAGAAGACCUCACGCAGAACCUCUUCCCCAACUAUUUCCAGGGUUCUGAGCUUGUUGUGGCUGGCCGAGUGAAGCCAGGAGCAUCAAAACUGCAGGUGCGCACAACAGGGCAAGGCCAGGAAGGCCCGUUGAACCUGGAAAAUGACAUUUCAACCAACACCACUGAAGCUGCUCCAUUUGGCUGCCUUGGCGAGAUCAACAAGAUCGGUCACUUUGUACAAAGGCUCUGGGCCUACUUCACCAUUCAAGAUCUGCUACAAGCCCGGUUCCGAGCCAAUGACACUGCUGCCCGGCGUCUCCUGACAGAAAAAGCUACCAAUUUGUCAAUCAAAUACAACUUUGUCACUCCUGUCACCUCCUUGGUAGUGGUGAGGCCAGAAGAAGCCAGAGACAGAAACCAGCCUGUGAAAACCACAGUUCCUCCAGGGGUGACUAGAGUACCAAAAACCUCUCCUCAAGCAUUGGCUGUAUCUGUUUUGCCAAGACUUUCUAAGGCAGCUAAAUCUGUUCUUGGAGUUACUGAUCCUCCUGCAGUAACAAAAGCUUUCAAGGAAAUGAUGGGGACAGGAACUGUUCCAGUGACAGCACCUAGGCUCUUUAAAGCAGCCAGAGCCACCUCUUCACCUGUUAGCACUAUGUCUACCACCAUCACUCCACCUGUCUAUCCCACCAUAGUACCUACUGCCACCGGCCACCCCAAAUCAGCCAAAGUCACAACAAUUCUGGGGAGAACAACCAUCUCUUUGACUCCCCUAGCGAGCCAUAGAUCUACUAAACCCCCAAGAGCUACCACGACUCUUAAGUCAACCAGGUCAUCUGUAACCCUCCCCAAGAUCAGUCCCACCAGAGCAGCAAGAUUCAAACUCACUGUUCAGCCACACCCUGCACUGGAGACUAGAGGAACAGCCAUGACAAAGGUUAUGGCAGGGGUCCCCAACACUAUGGUUAGGGCAUCAACUGCUUUGUACCCUUCUGCCAGCCCAAAGAUGCUGGAGAGCAACUCCAGUCUUUGGGAACAGCCCAAGAUGACCCCAUGGCCAGCCACUCAGUACCACCCAUAUAGCAAGUGGCAAGCGAGUACUGCCAGGAUGGAGACAGGGAAACUUCCCAGGAGCAAGACAAACACCAAGGAUGGGGUAACCUCAAAGUUGCACAUUGAUAGGCCCCAGGAGAAAAGCACAGUCUCUUGGGGCACAUCCUUCACCACUCAGGCAGCAGAAUUAGAGGGCGCCAGUCCGGUUCCUGGCACCUCCACACCUGCCUCUGACAUCAGCCUCCUCCUGCUACCUGGGGAGUCUGAAUUACACUCAACCACCAUCCAGAAUACAGAAUAUGUGGAGUCCUUGAACCCUCCAGCUUUAUAUAGCUUUUUGAUACCCAAAGGACUUGGAGAAAACUUGGAUUAUGGAGACUAUCCAGAUUUUUUUGAAGAAUUGGACAGCGAAUCAGACUCCCUGGGAGUGUCACCCAAAUCUGGCCUCUUCACUUUCUCCUCUUGGGUGGAUGGAGACCCUCACUUUGUAAUAAAGUUGCCACAUUCACUGGGGAAUCUGUGCUUCACCCUGGAUGGACGCUCAGGAGAUAUCCUCCGGCUGGUGAGCGACCCGGCCACAGGUUUGUCUGUUAAUGGGCACCUAAUGGGAGCCCCUUCAAGGCCAGGCCACGAAGAACGUCCCCGCACCUAUUUGGAUGUCAUCACCAUAGUAGUGGAGCACCCACAUAACAGCUACGUGGUUAAUAUAACCCAGAAGGGUGUGACACUAUAUGGCGAAGAAGUGUUGGUCUUGCCCUUAACUCAGCGGGCCACAAUCAAUAAGGCCCCUCUGGCCAUUUCCGUGUGGCCCGAGGCCAAUAUCAUUGUCCAGAUUGGGCCCAUGGUUGAAUUCCUUGUUCUGCUGCAUCACUAUAGCCAUCCCACCGUCCUGCAGUUGGAUCAUCUUGGCUUCUAUAUUGUGAAGGGCCAAGGCCUGUCGGCCUCAGCAGGCGGCUUGCUAGGCCAGUUCCAGAGUAGCAACAUCAGCCUUUCCCCAGAUCCAUCUCAAGGGGGCAAAGUUGCCUGGAUGCAGAGCGAUGGGAAGAAAGUACUAGUCUCUGAAGUCUCCAAGGUGCUGAAGGAUUCAAUCCAGAGGGCUCACGAAGCCAAGUGCUGGCUGGUGAAGCGCAAGGAUGUGGAAGAGUUGCUGGGAGCCUCCUACUGCUCCUACCUGGCCUCCAACCUGUUGGAAAUAUGA